CCGACUUCAUAUCCGCCGGCAAAAAUGUCGAAUUCCGAACAACCCAGUCAUAGCUCGACUCCGAGAUCCUUCACGAGCCAAACAGUCUCUGCGGAAGACUUGCUCAAGUCGCAGACGGUUGGUCUCGUCCAUCUUUCCGAUUUUCGCAAGCGCCGCGCGGAAGUCCUCGAGCAGAAGGAGCGAGAAGCGCAUGACAAGUCGCUAGGAAGAAGCUCAUCUGGUAUUUCUCGAAGUGCCACUCCUUCUGCGGGCGAUGUAACUGACGGUACCUCGACUCCACGAAGCGACGGCCCUCCGAAAAAGAAGAAGAAGAAGAAGCCCUUCGUGAAGAGCAAGCUCUCAUUUCACAAUGAUGAGGAGGAAGAGGAGGAGAUUGACAGCGGUGCCGGUACUCCACGCGACUCCAGUGUCCCACGGUCCGUCUCACAGACUCCGGUUGACGAUGGCUCCGCGCCGCCAUCACGGCGCAUCACGCCCAACCCGAAUGCACCCCCUCCACCGAAAGCAAUGACAAAGGCGGCGCUGAAGGCCGAGGCGGAGGCGCGGGAUGCUCUCCGCCGGGAGUUCCUGGCAAUGCAGGAAGCUGUGAAGAACACCGAGAUAUUGAUCCCAUUUAUCUUCUACGACGGGACGAACAUCCCGGCCGGGACCGUCAGAGUCAAGAAGGGAGACCCUGUCUGGCUCUUUCUCGACAGAUGCCGAAAAGUUGGGGCCGAGCUUGGUGUCGGUGGCAAUAGCGGGGCGUCGAAAGCGCGCAAGGACAGCCGCCGUGAGUGGGCUAGAAUUAGUGUCGAUGACUUGAUGCUGGUGAAGGGCGAAGUCAUUGUACCACAUCACUAUGAGCUUUAUUACUUCAUCGCCAACAGUGUGCCCAGCUUUUCAAGUGCCGGUGGUCUGUUGUUCGACUAUUCUAACAAGCCACCGGCGGCUUCUCAAUCCGACGACCCUCUCUCGAGGCCAAAUAGCAAUCAGCUAGAAGGAGCCGACAAAGACCCAUCUUUGACCAAAGUGGUCGAUAGACGCUGGUACGAGCGCAACAAGCAUAUCUUUCCCGCGAGCCUGUGGCGGGAAUAUGAGCCUGGACCGGAGUUCGAGCAGAAAAUGCUGACGACCAGGCGCGAUGCGUCCGGAAACACGUUCUUUUUUUGAUCAGGUGCACCGAGGCUUGUUGGAGAAUGAGAAACUUUAUGUAUGCUAAGAUACCCGUAUAAACCCAUUUUGAGAGUAUAUAGAUCAAGUUGAG